AUUUUUGCACUCUUAGCUGUAAAGUUCUCUUUCUCGUGCGGUUGUCGCUCGCUCCUCUCCGAUUCCAAUCUCCUGCGACUUCUCUCCGAUUCAACACUCACUAUGACCAAAAGAGCAGCAGACGAAGCGCCUCCGUCAAUCGAUGCCAACACAACUGGACCAAACUUUUUGGGUAGCUAUAGAGAUCAAAUAGCAGAGCUCUUGUCGCAAGAAGAGAAAAUCCCUCAUCAUGAAGAUGGUGACACUAAGAAGCCUUCUACCGAAAUUAUAGGAGCUGAGAUCUCUAGUCUAAAAAGAGACAAGUUGAAUGCCUUGUUAAGGCAGUGCGUGAGAGAUCUCAUUCCAGGGGUUGAUGAGAUGCAGUCUCGUGCUCGCAGCAUGCACCUAAUGUCUCAAUUGAGUAACAAAAAACCAUCAAUCUCAGUAACUAAUGAAGAGGUGGAAGAGGAUGUACAAUUACUUCUGAAGUCUGAUCCUAGUCUUUUAAAGGAAAUAGUGAAGAAACAUACGGAUGAUGUACUUGCCAGCCUGAACGACAUGCAGCAGCAAGCAGAGAAACUCCUUGACAAUGUCGCCACUUCAUGCAGUCUUGUCGGCAGACCUAUGAGCCUAGACGAGAAGCGAGAUCUUCAGAAAUCAAUCAAGGAGCUUCCUGGAGGAAAUCUAAAACGCGUUGCUAAAAUCAUCAAAGACCACUAUGUAGCUUCGGGGAAAGAAUUUUCUGAUGAGGUUACAGUCAACUUGGAGGAGGAAGAUAACGUAGUGCUUUGGAGAUUGCAUUUCUAUGUGGCCGCAGUGAAAAGUGCCCGGAAAUUAGCAAACUAAGUAGUAGUACAGGUACAUAUCACAUACUCUUUUAUCCCUUGUCCCAAAGUUGUGAGAAUGUUCGGAAAUGACAAGGAGAAGAAAAGUUAGGUAUUAUCAACUUCGUUUUCUUAGUAUUUUAACUAGAAAGAUCCGAGGUUGUGGUUGAGUACAGUGAUUUGAAAAAAAACUUUUCGUCUGUCUUGAACAAAGAAUCUACGAGAUGAAGUUUUGAUUCAAAGUUACAAUGUCUUCUCGACAAGCAUCCUAGUCAACCAAUCAUUGUGAAACACGAAAUCACGUGCUCGGAUUGCGACUCUGAUCUGAUUGGUGCAGCUUUCAAAUGCACCAAGUCAUCC